GGCGGGGGGCGGGCGGGAGGGCGCGGAGGUGAGCACCGGCACCUGGCGCGGCGCCCCGCUUCUCUGCGGGAGGCUCGGCGUGGCCGUUGGGGCCGUUGGAGGAGGAAGGCGAGCGGUGACCCCCGGCCGCGCCUGGAGGAGGAGGAGGUGGGAGGAGAUGCCUACAUAGAAGAGUGACAGCAGCUGGGCUGAACGUUUCACUGCUGAACUGGUUCCUCAGGUAUCCUGGCUCUGGCGAUUGCUAUGGGAGAUUGGAUGACUGUUACAGAUCCAGGUCUGUCUUCAGAAAGCAAAUAUAUCUCUCAAUAUACCUCAGAAACAAAGAUGUCUCCAUCAAGUUUAUACUCACAGCAAGUGCUAUGCUCUUCAAUACCUUUAUCAAAAAAUGUGCACAGUUUUUUUAGUGCCUUCUGCACAGAAGAGAAUAUUGAACAAAGCAUUUCAUAUCUUGAUCAGGAAUUGACUACUUUCGGUUUUCCUUCAUUAUAUGAAGAAUCCAAAGGUAAAGAGACAAAGAGAGAAUUAAAUAUAGUUGCUGUUUUAAAUUGUAUGAAUGAGCUACUUGUACUUCAGCGGAAGAACCUUCUAGCUCAGGAAAAUGUGGAAACACAGAAUCUGAAACUGGGAAGCGAUAUGGACCAUUUGCAGAACUGCUAUGCAAAACUUAAGGAGCAGCUGGAAACCUCCAGGAGAGAAAUGAUUGGUCUUCAGGAAAGAGACAGACAGUUACAAUGCAAGAACAGGAAUUUGCAUCAGCUACUGAAAAAUGAGAAAGAUGAGGUGCAGAAAUUACAAAACAUUAUUGCAAGUCGAGCUACUCAAUAUAAUCAUGAUAUGAAGAGAAAAGAGCGUGAAUAUAAUAAACUAAAGGAACGUCUACAUCAACUUGUUAUGAACAAGAAGGAUAAAAAAAUAGCUAUGGAAGUUUUAAAUUACGUGGGGAGAGCCGAUGGAAAAAGAGGCUCCUGGAGGACGGGUAAAACUGAAGCCAGGAACGAAGAUGAAAUGUAUAAAAUUCUCUUGAAUGAUUAUGAAUAUCGUCAGAAACAAAUCCUAAUGGAAAAUGCUGAACUUAAGAAGGUUCUUCAGCAAAUGAAAAAGGAAAUGAUUUCUCUUCUUUCUCCCCAAAAGCAGAAACCUAGAGAAAGAGCAGAUGAUAGUACAGGAACUGUUAUCUCUGAUAUUGAAGAAGAUGCUGGGGAACUGAGUAGAGAGAGUACGUGGGACCUUUCCUGUGAAACUGUGAGAGAGCAGCUUACCAACAGCAUCAGAAAACAGUGGAGAAUUUUGAAAAGUCAUGUAGAAAAACUUGAUAACCAAGUUUCAAAGGUACACCUAGAAGGUUUUAAUGAUGAAGAUGUAAUCUCACGUCAAGACCAUGAACAAGAAACUGAAAAACUUGAGUUAGAAAUUCAACAGUGUAAAGAAAUGAUUAAAACUCAGCAGCAACUUUUACAGCAGCAGCUCGCUACCGCGGGUGAUGAUGACACCACUUCACUGCUCCGAGACUGCUACUUGCUGGAAGAGAAGGAACGCCUCAAAGAAGAAUGGUCCCUAUUUAAGGAGCAAAAGAAGAAUUUCGAGAAGGAAAGACGAAGCUUUACAGAAGCAGCUAUUCGCCUAGGAUUGGAGAGAAAGGCAUUUGAAGAAGAAAGAGCCAGUUGGUUAAAGCAACAGUUUCUAAAUAUGACUACCUUUGACCACCAGAACUCAGAAAAUGUGAAACUUUUCAGUGCCUUCUCAGGAAGUUCUGAUUGGGACAACCCUACAGUACACUCGAGGCCACGGCAAAAGAAGCCUCACGGUGCACCUAGUGGGUCUCCAGUUUGCACGUCUAAACUUACUAAAUCUCUUCCUGCUUCUCCUUCUACUUCAGACUUUUGCCAGACGCGUUCCUGUGUAUCUGAAUAUAGUUCAAUCAGUGUGCUAAAUACAGCCCCUGAAGAAUCUAAGCCAAAUCAGGUUGGAAGAGAAUGUACAAAUCAGAAGUGGAGCGUGGCAUCAAGGCCUGAUUCACAGGAAGGUUGCUGUAGUGGAUGCUCCUCGACCCACGCGGAUGCUCACAUAGAGAAGGAUGACUUACCUUAGACAUGUGAACUGGGAUUUUUUUUUUUUUUUUCAUUAACAUGUUCAUCAAAUUUCACAUCUGAGUUGAAACAGGGUGUGUUAUAAAGUCAAUCAUCUCUAAUAAUUUAAAAUGGUCUGUGUUGUUUGUUUGGACUUCCCUGUUCCUCCCCCAAAGAGCUAAAAUGUUAAAUCUAUUUAAAAGGAUAUAAAAGCUUUGGAUAUGUAUUUUUAGUAACAGAAGCACCUGGUUCUGUGAAUAAAGGAAUGUAUAAACGUUUGGAUGCAAACAAAGCACUAGAAUGAGUUUCCUCUUAUAGGUAUUAAAAAUAGCACUUUUAGGAAACUGGUUAUUGUAAAUGUUUAAUUUUGUCUCAUAUAUAGUUGGCAUUGGAAGUUUAGCCUUUCCUUGAAUGUAUACUGUAGCUUUUUAACAAAGCAAGUUAUAUAUUUAUUAUGUUUAGUGUGAUUUGAAAUACCCUCUUUCAUAUGUUUUAAAUAAAGUGAAAUUUAUGUAUGUUUUGUACAUAGAUAUACAUGAUUAUGUUAAGAGGCUUUAAGAUUUAAAGAUUUUACACAUCCAUAAUUAUAGUAUUUCAUGCCAAUAAAAUUUUUAUUAGUGA